UUGUACUUUACCAUUAACAUUUUUGCUCACUUCAUUACUUUGAUUUCCACCAUUCUGAUUUUUAUUAUCAGCUGGAGGUCCAACUAACGGCUGCAAGACAGGAAUAGUUCGUCGUGGGACAUUAAAACUCGAAUUGGUAGGCUUCAAAACAUUAACUUCUAUUAUUUUUUGACUAGCUACAGAAAUCGUUUGCCCCGCAACCCACGGCUUCUUCUGGAAAAUCGGGAUCCUCGAAGACAUCAAUGACUUGGCCGCAAUUUUAUCAGCGCAUUCUUUAGCUCUGGUCAACGCAGUGUCUUUUGGUACUCCUCCAAAAUUAAAACUUCUUUUUGUUCCGACAAAGCACUUACGAGCGGGUAACUUUCUCAACACAAAUGACCUCUUCACCGGUGAUUUAGACCUUCCUUUCGGCUUGGGAAUGAAAU